GUAUUUUACAUUUCACCACAGUGUGUCGUGCAUUAUGCAUCUAUAGCCUUUUAAUGCAUUAACAACCAUGUGAGCCAUUGCAUUACAGUCUUUUCGCCUACAUGUAGCCAAAGCUAUUGAAAAAGACAAGGAGUUUUACGAUCUGAAUUCUUUUAGAUCAUAAAACGAAUUUCUUUAAUCAAUAGAUAUGGUUACUCUACAUGUAGCUCUCCGUAGGGUUUUCAGCGGUUAGCUUCGUCCAUGACUGGCUCCUUGUGAACUACAAUUCCGACUGUGUUUUAACGUUUAGGAACAUCAAUAAUCAUCACUUGCUAAACGGUUUUUGGAACAUAUGGACCUCAUCUUUAAUAUCAGCGAGAAUUAAUUUUUCAAAUAAAAAACAACCAGUUACUGUAGAAGAUUAUACAGAUCCAUAUGCUGUGUGUGCCUCCAGCCAACGAACUACAAUUCCUCCCCAGUUACGUUUACACACAGGAGCACGAUAGAUGGCUAAUUAGCACAAGUGCUCGCCACUGUCUUCAGUCUGUCUUCUGUAAAAAGCGCUAUUACAUGGCGAUAUGGUCGUGUAGAAACACUAACCGUAGUGCUUUAAAGGUGUGUUGUAAUUGAACCUUUUGUUUUUGGAAAAGUAUUUCUCGCUCAUAUGGAAGAUAGGUUUGUUAUGUUUCCAAAACCGCUCCACAAGAGAUGCGUGCUAACGUUCAGACCGAGCGUUGGGGAGCUUAACAAAAGUCCCCCAGGAAGAAGAUACUAUUGUCAAUGGGCGACUAAAAGUAGCUAGUUAGGUCUAUGAAUGGGCUAACCUACAUGCAGACAAGAAUAUACCUGGUAUAUACAUUUGAAGUCGAAAGUUUACAUACACCUUAGCCAAAUACAUUUAAACUCAGUUUUUCACAAUUGCUGACAUUUAAUCCUAGUAAAAAUUCCCUGUUUUAGGUCAGUUAGGAUCACCACUUUAUUUUCAGAAUGUGAAAUGUCAGAAUAAUAGUAGAGAGAAUGAUUUAUUUCAGCUUUAAUUUCUUUCAUCACAUUCCCAGUGGGUCAGAAGUGUACAUACACUCAAUUAGUAUUUGUUAGUGUAAUAUUUGUGUUGUGGAGAAAUGACCAGGCAGGAGACGGGAGUACAGUUAGUUUUCGUUUAGUCGUGCUCUACAGUUCCCGGGCACACUAGUGUGCAUGUGCAUUUCCUAUUAGGUGUAGUAACGUAACACUGUCGUAAUACAUCACCGCUUAGUAACAGCAUAGUAACUAAUAUAAACAGAUGUAGAUCCCAGAUACUGCAGGUAGUAUUGCCUUUAAAUUGUUUAACUUGGGUCAAACGUUUCGGGUAGCCUUCUACAAGCUUCCCACAAUAAGUUGGGUGAAUUUUGGCCCAUUCCUCCUGACAGAGCUGGUGUAACUGAGUCAGGUUUGUAGGCCUCCUUGCUCGCGCACGCUUUUAGAGUUCUGCCCACACAUUUUCGAUAGGAUUGAGGUCAGGGCUUUGUGAUGGGCACCCCAAUACCUUGACUUUGCUGUCCUUAAGCCAUUUUGCCACAACUUUGGAAGUAUGCUUGGGGUCAUUGUCCAUUUGGAAGACCCAUUUGCGACCAAGCUUUAACUUCCUGACUGAUGUCUUGAGAUGUUGCUUCAAUAAAUCCACAUAAUGUUCCAUCCUCAUAUUGCCAUCUAUUUUGUGAAGUGCACCAGUCCUUCCUGCAGCAAAGCACCCCCACAACAUGAUGCUGCCACCCCCGUGCUUCACAGUUGGGAUGGUAUUCUUCGGCUUGCAAGCCUCCCCCUUUUUCCUCCAAACAUAACGAUGGUCAUUAUGGCCAAACAGUUCUAUUUUUGUUUCAUUAGACCAGAGGAUAUUUCUCCAGAAAGUACGAUCUUUGUCCCCAUGUGCAGUAGCAAACCAUAGUCUGGCUUUCUUUAAUGGCGGUUUUAGAGCAGUGGCUUCUUCCUUGCUGAGCGGCCUUUCAGGUUAUGUCGAUACAGGACUCGUUUUACUGUGGAUAUAGAUACUUUUGUACCUGUUUCCUCCAGCAUCUUCACAAGGUCCUUUGCUGUUGUUCUGGGAUUGAUUUGCACUUUUCGCACCAAAGUACGUUCAUCUCUAGGAGACAGACGAGACUCCUGCCAGAGCAGUAUGAUGGCUGCGUGGUCCCAUGGUGUUUAUACUUGCGUACGUUGUUUGUACAGAUGAACGUGGUACCUUCAGGCAUUUGGAAAUUGCUCCCAAGGACGAACCCGGCUUGUGGAGGUCUACCAUUUUUUUCUGAGGUCUUGGCUGAUUUCUUAUGAUUUACCCAUGAUGUCAAGCAAACAAGCACUGAGUUUGAAGGUAGGCCUUGAAAAACAUCCACAGGUAUACCUCCAAUUUACUCAAAUUAUGUCAAUUAGCCUAUCAGAAGCUUCUAAAGCCAUGACAUCAUUCAUCAUUUUCUGGAAUUUUCCAAGCUGUUUAAAGGCACAGUCAACUUAGUGUAUGUAAACUUCUGACCCACUGGAAUUGUGAUAAGUGAAAUAAUCUGUAUGUAAACAAUUGUUUGAAAGAUGACUUGUGUCAUACACAAAGUAGAUGUCCUUACCAACAUGCCAAAACUAUAGUUUGUUCACAAGAAAUUUGUGGAGUGGUUGAAAAACGAGUUCUAAUGACUCCAACCUAAGUGUCUGUAAACUUCCAACUUCAACUGUAUACUGAACAAAAAUAUAAGCACAACGUGUAGAGUGUUAGUCCCAUGUUUCAUGAGCUGAAAUAAAAGAUCCCGCUACACUCGCAUUAACAUCUGCUAACCAUGUGUAUGUGACAAAUAACAUUUUAUUUGAAAUGUUCCAUAUGCACAAUAAGCUUAUUUUUCUCAAAUUUUGGGCUCAAAUUUGUUUACAUCCCUGUUAGUUUCCAUUUCUCCUUUGCCAAGUUAAUCCAUCCACCUGACAGGUGUAGCAUAUCAAGAAGAUGAUUAAACAGCAUGAUCAUUACACGGGUGCACCUUGUGCUGGGGACAAUAAAAGGCCACUCUAAAAUGUCCAGUUUUGUCACAUAACACAAUGUGACAGAUGUCUCAAGUUUUGAGGGUGUAUGCAAUUGUCAUGCUGACUGCAGGAAUGUCCAACGGAGCUAUUGUCAGAUAAUUGAAUGUUAAUUUCUCUACCGUAAGCCACCUCCAACAUUGUUUUAGAGAAUUUAGCAUUACGUCUGACCAGGCUCACAACCUCAGACUGAGUUUAAGGAUGCCAGCCCAGGACAUCCGGCUUCUUUACCUGCAGGAUCGUCUGGGCCUGGCACCCACUAUAUUAUUGAUCAGUAUACCUGCCUUGCCAGUGCUAAUUCUACCAAUUUUGAAGGGCUGUUGCAGUCUCAUAUUUACGGUAAUAAAUAAUACGUCACGAGUUGAACGGAAGUGGGAUUGAAAUUGCGCACGGAUCUCCCACUUCGUACAUUGUUGCCGUUUAUCAACGUCUAUGGGUUGUUUUUGCACAUUAGCUUGGAAAUUGUAGACAAUUGACUUCAAACAGAUAAUACAAAUCUGUAAAGUGGGUUUUACAAGAUGGCCAGCUGCAGUUUUCAGUCGCAGUUGGUAUCGAUUAUGGAGGUAUUAGCUAAAGCAGCUGUAGCAGAAAUAAACAAACGUGUAGAUGAUAGCUGUGCUGUUAUACGUUUGGAAAUGACCCAAAGCCAGCGAGAUAUUGAUGUACUGAAAAGGAAGUGGCAAAUGAUGGAGAGCGAGCUGAAGAAGACACGAGGGCGAGAUAGGAGAAAAGUUCUUUACCCCAUGUCAACAGAGAGAUUGUCAUAUCCAGGCAAGAUUGUUUUGAACAAGGAAAGGAGUAACUCACAGUGGAGAGGCAGAGAGGACUCUCCGUGCCAGCCUAUAGAUGUGGAGCAGAGAGUAGAGACUGAAGCCAUACUGAUCAAAGAUGAGGAGACAGCAGAGGAUGUGUGGAAGACUGACCCUCAGGAAGAGCUCAUGAUCACUGGAGAGGAGUCUGGUUCCAAGCCUGGGAAACCACCAUCCUUUGCGCAACGGCACUGGGAUGAAGACUUCAUCACACAACCCAAUAUAUCUCCCAAAGACUCAGUAAAACAUUACCCCAAUUCUGAUCGUUCAGAGGAACCAGGAACACCCCGGCUCGCAUCUACGGAGGUGUUCAGCACAGAGCAACACCGGCCAGACGAGGACUCACUAGAUCUAGUGAUGGUGAAAGAUGAGAAAGAGGAGGAGCUGGAUCAGACCACGACCCUGGCAGGACCUGAUCAGUUUGUCAUGGAUGAGUCUGAUGGGCAGCUGUGGACCUCUGUGGAUCCAGGCAGAGACACUGACCCUGAUGGACACCCAGAUUUCUCCUUUCAUUCCACAGAAGAGUACUCUCAGAAUAUCUCAAUGGUCCCAUCUCAUAAUGGGCUGUCAUCUGUUCCUACUAUGACAGAUAAUGUAGGGCCAUCGCUUCACUCUUCAAUAGGAAAAUCACAUGCUAACAUGUUCAGUGCAGAAAAACACAUGAAAAGACAUGUCAGGACAUUGGCUGAUGAGACUAGACAACAGAUGCCAGAGGGACAGAGCAGUGAGAUGCUGAAUUCAAGUAAAGAAGGAAAUAGUUUAGCUCUACAGUCAAGACAGCAUCAAUACAGGGCUUCAGAAGCAACAGUGAGAUUGAGUGAGUGCAUGACAGGGUCAAACAUGGCCACCACCUCCACCUUCUCUGGAUACAGCCUGAGUCGCAGUAGUUUUAACAUGGUGAAGAGAAUGAGGACUCAGUGGAGGUCGGGCGGCACCACCGAGAGGCGUUUCAGCUGCACCUUCUGUGGGAAGAGCUUCCCGCGUUUGUGGCAGCUAAAAGAACACCUCCGAAGUCACACCGGCGAGAAACCGUACACCUGUGAACAGUGUGGCAGGAGUUUCACCAAGCAGUGCAACUUGAUCAGACAUGCUGUGGUCCACAGCGGGGAGAAGCCCUUCAAGUGCACACAGUGUGGGAAAUGCUUCACCCAGCGCUCCGGUAUGAAGUCACAUCAGAGAACGCACAUAGGAGAAAGUCCAGUAUCUCCAUACGUGGCACCUGCAUACCCAGGGGAUCCACACACAAGUUUAAUGUAGUCUCAGAACAGAUGGAACAAAUAGUUAAUAAUUACAUAGUUUUUCUGGAACUUUGUUUUGAGACAUUUUGACAAGCUUUUCCUCCUAAUUGGUUUUAAUGUUUGACUGUUGACGGCUCGUCACUUUUAUUUUAAACAACUAAUCUACAACUGGUAACAAUGUAUUUUGUACUCCAAAAUCGUAAAAAAACAUGUUAUUUUCAAUAAAAUGUAUUUAAGGAAA